AAAGCCAACUCUUGCCUUGGAAUAAUUUCACAAAUGAAUGUAAUAUUCCUGGAAACUUCAUGUGCAGUAAUGGACGUUGUAUCCCAGGAGCCUGGCAAUGUGAUGGGCUGCCAGACUGUUUUGAUGAAAGUGAUGAGAAGGAAUGCCCAAAAGCAAAAUCUAAAUGUGGUUCUACCUUCUUCCCAUGUGCCAGUGGAAUUCACUGCAUCAUUGGUCGUUUCCGAUGCAAUGGUUUUGAGGAUUGUCCUGAUGGCAGCGAUGAAGAAAACUGUACAGCAAAUCCAUUGCUGUGUUCUACUGACCGAUUUCACUGUAGGAACGGCCUGUGCAUCGAUAAAAGCUUUAUGUGUGACAACCAAAAUAACUGCCAGGACAACAGUGAUGAAGAAAGCUGUGGAAACUCUCAUGAGCAGAUGCCUGAUGAUUUCCGCAAUGUCCUCAUUAUGGCUCUCUACAAAAAUAAGAAAAGCAAAUCAGACUCUGGAAACUACAAGGUUAUCUUACUGCUGUCUGUUGUGGGCAAGAUCUUUGCCUGCAUUCUCCUGAAUGGACUUGGCAUUGUCUUGGAAGGAAACCGCCCAGAG